AUGGGGCUUCUGGAUGGUAAGGUCGGAUUGGUAGUUGGCGUCGCCAACGAUCGCUCCUACGCGUGGCACAUCGCGAAAGAAAUCUACGCACACGGCGGGACAUGCGCUUUCGCACAUAUUCCUGGCGACAAGAACGCACGCAGAACGCAGAAAGCUGCGGAAAAGAUUGUUGACAAUCCAGUCCUCUACGAAUGCGACGCCGGCUCUGAUGAAAAUCUUGAUGCACUCUUCGAGAACUACGAGAAAGACCACGAUCGCAUGGAUUUCCUCGUCCAUUCGAUCGCAUACGCCGAUCGUGAAUGGCUCCAGAUGGGCAUGUUCUCCAAGACACCUCGACAAGCGUACCUUGAUGCGAUCGACAUCUCUUCUUACACACUCGCGGCGAUGACCAAUCGCGCCAAACCCCUCAUGAUGAAAAACGGCGGCGGAUCGGUCAUGGCGAUGAGCUACUACGGCUCUGAAAAAGUUGUCCUCGGAUACAAUGUCAUGGGUGUCGCCAAAGCAUGUCUUGAAGCGACCACACGCUACCUCGCUGCAGAGCUUGGACAGGACGGAAUCCGCGUCAACACCAUCUCAGGCGGCUACCUACGCACGCUUGCGAGCUCCGCGGUCGCUGGGACCAAUGAACUCGAAGAACUCGCAGCACAGAAAGCACCACUCCGUAGGACUACUGAGGGAUCAGAUGUCGGGAAGACCGCCGUCUAUCUCGCAUCUGACCUCUCCAGCGGCGUAACGGGCGAGAACAUCUAUGUGGACUGCGGCGUCAAUAUCCUCGGUGCAUAA